GACACCGCCAACAGCACUAGAGACGAGCAGAUGCGCCAACGAGUAGCCGGAGGUUUAAAGGACGGGAGGAUUUAAAUUAAAUACUGUGUGAAGCAACGGCUGAUCCUUCGUGGGAGGGGGUAGACUCGGUAUCCUUAGCAGCCUGAGAGGGGGAGGAGGUGCAGAGAAUGAGCUAUUCUUGUACCAGCAGAGAGGCUGUAUGUAAUAGCCAGGACGCGUCAAGCGCCAGUGUUUCGUUAAACGGUCAUAGUUGGAGCGGGAGUGGAGGUAUCGACAGCAACAUUACCAUCGCCAACAGUCCGUCGGAACCGGACUCCGAGUCGCAAGCGGCAAUGAAAGUGAAGACAGGGUGCAACGCAACAGACGCGGGGGUCCCGGUUACAACAGAGGAGGAAUUGGUUAAAAAUAGUGUCAUAACCCCGGAGGAUGUAUUGGGAUUACAGAAUAUCACAACGAAUUAUCUAUGUGGACCAGAAAAUAAUGUACACAGCAUUGACUUCACACGAUUCAAGAUCCGAGACAUGGAGACCGGCAUGGUUCUCUUUGAGAUAACAAAACCUCCUGUCCCAGAGAGCGCCAGGGACAAGAGGGACCUGGACCCCAACGCUGGACGCUUUGUUCGCUACCAGUUCACGCCUGCCUUCCUGAGGCUACGGCAGGUUGGAGCCACUGUGGAGUUCACUGUCGGUGAAAUUCCCAUUAACAACUUCCGGAUGAUCGAGAGGCACUACUUCCGUGGCCAGCUCCUGAAGAGCUUCGACUUUGAGUUUGGCUUCUGCAUCCCCAGCAGCAAGAACACCUGCGAGCACAUCUAUGAGCUCCCGCCCCUCUCUGAUGACAUCAUGCAACAGAUGAUCCUCCACCCCUACGAGACGCAGUCCGACAGCUUCUACUUCGUGGACAACCAGCUUGUGAUGCACAACAAGGCAGAUUACUCCUACAAUGGGGGGGCCUAGGCCUCGCGCUCCCCGUCCAGAGGACAGAGGGACAGACGGACAGACAUAGUAGGAAGCAGCAUACUGGAGGAUUCGUAACGAUGCAAUGGCCUCGACCCCCCGAUCAACGCCCCCCACUCUAACCUCUCACCCCUCCACAGUCUGCAGCACCAGCGCCAUCUGUGGAGGGCAUGAUUUCAUCAGCGCAAUCACGCCUUACUCAGAAUAACUUCCCCCAACACACCCACACCCAACCUCAUAUGCCACCUCAGCCCUCCAUGUACACACUGACGACAACACACACACACUCUCUCUCUUUCUCUCUCUCUCACACACACACGCACACACUUUCUCUCAAUCUCUCUCUCUCUCACACACACACACACACACACACACAAAACACACACACACACACACACACAUACAUACAUAUAAUGUACUGGCAUAAUCCUAUUGCACCUACAGAAAAAUCCCUGAUAUGAUACUUUGCCAAGCUGUACAUUGAAAUCUCAAACACAGUUUUCAUUAUUUCCAGAAACAAAACAAAACAAAAAAAAUCCCAGGAUGUCACAUAGACAUUGAGAUAGAGGACUUUUGAAUAAUUGGUUAAAGCAGGAAUAUGUUUAUUUGUGUUCUUAGCAGUGGCUGUACAUGAGAGAUUUAAGAUGUCAUUCACCUUAUCCUCUGCACUCUUGACUAUUUCUGGCGGUUGUCUUUCCUUGCUUGAUCUCAUGGAUCUGAUGGGAUCUCUCCCUGUGGAACGACUCCCUGUUGUGUACAGGCUUUACACAUGCCCUAAUAAGAACCAGCAUUAACUGAAAUUAACCGAAACCAACAAUAAAUGUCUUUAUAAAUGGCAUGGUCAAAGCGCCUUCCAAAGAAAGCAAAAUAAACGCUGCUGUGUAGUUCAGUAGAAUAUGAGCCCAUGUGGUCAUUCCAGUAUCCUGCUCUUGUUUUGUACAAUAGUAGAGGAUCUUCUGUAUUUGGAAAAAAGUGUCAGUGUUGAGUGGGUAUUUGUGACAUACGCCUCAGCACACACACUCAAACACAACACAUAGUCAUUGAAACCCUAGCACACGCAUGCAGACUCACACAGACAUGCACACUCACACACAACUAUCCUCAGGCAUAAUGCAUUGGAAUGCCUUUGCGGUGAAUAAUGUCAUUCAUCAGCUGAAGCUCUGUGGCAGAAUACUGCCAUCUUGUGUGGCAUUGUCGGUUUUGUAGAGUCAUGAUCAGUAUUGACUGAUACUAAAGAGCUAGCGUGACAAGCUAUCCUAACAAGAUAACUGCGUCAUGGUCUUUUUUUUUCAAACGCAGUUAAAAAGCAGAUUUUCCGCAGGCAUCUUGGUGUAACAG